CGGAGCGCGCGCCCGGCACACAGGCACCGCUGCGCUCCGAGCGGUCAGACCUCGGCCGCAGCCGGCAGAGGAGACCAACUCCCGCGCGCCCGCCGGCGUGCGCCUCGGCUAGCGGCUCCCGGUUCCCGCGACCACCGCGCGUCCUGCUUCCGAUUAUUCCCGUCUCCCUCUCAGUCUCUCUGCUGGCGCUCGCUCGCUCGCUCUCUUUUUCAGACACACUCACACACGCACACACACACACAAUCUCACAGCAAUCUAUACACUGGAGGAAAAAACACUUCCUUCGCGCCCCCUCCCUGUCCACCCCAAGAAGCUGAGCAGCCGCGUGGCGGGGGAUCCCCGGACCGUCUGGAAAUGCUAAUCCUAAAGCGCUUCCUCGCUUGUAUCCAGCUCCUCUGUGUUUGCCGCCUGGAUUGGGCUUAUGGAUACUACAGACAACAGAGAAAACUCGUUGAAGAGAUUGGCUGGUCCUAUACAGGAGCACUGAAUCAAAAAAACUGGGGAAAGAAAUAUCCAACAUGCAGUAGCCCCAAACAGUCUCCUAUCAAUAUUGAUGAAGAUCUUACCCAAGUCAAUGUGAAUCUUAAGAAACUUAAAUUUCAGGGUUGGGAUAAAACGUCUUUGGAAAACACAUUCAUUCAUAACACUGGGAAAACAGUGGAAAUUAAUCUCACUAAUGACUACCGUCUCAGUGGAGGAGUUUCAGAAGUGGUGUUCAAAGCAAGCAAGAUAACUUUCCACUGGGGAAAAUGCAAUAUGUCUUCUGAAGGAUCGGAACAUAGUUUAGAAGGACAAAAAUUUCCACUUGAAAUGCAAAUCUACUGCUUUGAUGCGGACCGAUUUUCAAGUUUUGAGGAAGCAGUAAAAGGAAAAGGGAAGUUAAGAGCUUUAUCCAUUUUAUUUGAGGUUGGAAUAGAAGAAAAUUUGGAUUACAAAGCAAUUAUUGAUGGAGUUGAGAGUGUUAGUCGUUUUGGGAAACAAGCUGCAUUGGAUCCCUUCAUACUGCUGAACCUUCUGCCAAACUCAACUGACAAGUAUUACACUUACAAUGGCUCAUUGACGUCUCCUCCCUGCACAGACACUGUUGACUGGAUUAUUUUUAAAGAUACAGUUAGCAUCUCUGAAAGCCAGUUGGCUGUUUUUUGUGAAGUUCUUACAAUGCAACAGUCUGGUUAUGUCAUGCUGAUGGACUACUUACAAAAUAAUUUUCGAGAACAACAAUACAAGUUCUCUAGGCAGGUGUUUUCCUCAUAUACUGGAAAGGAAGAGAUUCAUGCAGCAGUUUGUAGUUCAGAACCAGAAAAUGUUCAAGCUGACCCGGAGAAUUAUACCAGCCUUCUUAUUACGUGGGAGAGACCUCGAGUAGUUUAUGAUACCAUGAUUGAGAAAUUUGCAGUUUUGUACCAGCAGUUAGAGGGAGAAGACCAAACCAAGCAUGAAUUUUUGACAGAUGGCUAUCAAGACUUGGGUGCUAUUCUCAAUAAUUUACUACCCAAUAUGAGUUAUGUGCUUCAGAUAGUAGCCAUCUGCGCUAAUGGCUUAUAUGGAAAAUACAGUGACCAGCUUGUUGUUGACAUGCCUUCUGAUGACCCCGAACUUGACCUCUUCCCUGAAUUAAUUGGAACUGAAGAAAUAGUCAAGGAGGAAGAAGAGGGAAAAGACACUGGAGAAGACACUGUUGUGAAUCCCGGUAGAGAGAGUGCCACAAACCAAAUAAGGAGAAAGGAACCCCAGAUUCCUACUACAACAAACUACAAUCACGCAGGGACUAAAUACAAUGAGGCCAAGACUAACCGAUCCCCAACAAGAGGAAGUGGAUUCUCUGGGAAGGGUGGUAUUCCCAACCCAUCUUUAGAUUCCACUUCCCAACCAGUCACUGAAUUAGCCCCCCCAAAAGAUGUUGCUUUGAUUUCGCGGACUGUGACUAAAAUGCCACCUCACACUCUGGAAGGCAUGGCCGCCUCUUGGAACGACAGCUCUAAAACUAUUCUCACGUUUCCACAGAUGAACUUGACCGGGACCGUGGAAUCUUUAAAUACAGUUUCUAUAACGGAACCUCAAGAGGCGUCUACUGACAUCAGUGAGGAUGAGAGUUUACUGACAAGUUUCAAGCUCGAUACCGGAGCUGACGAUUCUUCAGGCUCCAGUCCGACAACUUCUUCUAUGCCGUUCACCUCUGAGAACAUAUCCCGUGGGUAUGUGUUUUCUUCAGAAAACCCAGAGGCAAUCACAUAUGAUGUUCUUCUACCAGAAUCUACAAGAAAUGCUUCCGAAGAGUCAGCCUCGUCGGGUUCUGAAGACUCUCCGAAGGGCCCUUCCACCGACGGGGACGUGCGGUUUGCUAGCGCUGCAGAUGGGGCAACACGGCCCAAGGCUGGACCGGGCAGAGAGAGCUUCCUCCAGACCAGCCACACCGCGAUACGGAUCGAUGAACCUGGGAGGGCAGCUGGGUCUUCAGCUCCAGGCCCGCCGGUGUCACUGGGUCCCCCGGUCACGGACCUGGAAAUGCCACCUUACUCUACCUUCGCCUCCUUGCCGACCGAGGUGACGCCCCGUGCGUUUACUCCAUCCUCCGGGCAGCAGGACUCGGUCCCCACCGUCCACGCGGGACGCUCACAGACAACUCAGCCGGUGUUCAAUGAGGCCAGUAAUAGUAGCCAUGAGUCUCGUAUUGGUCUAGCUGAGGGGUUGGAAUCCGAGAAGAAGGCAGUUAUACCCCUCGUGAUCGUGUCAGCCCUGACUUUUAUCUGUCUAGUGGUUCUUGUGGGUAUUCUCAUCUACUGGAGGAAAUGCUUCCAGACUGCACACUUUUAUUUAGAGGACAGUACCUCCCCUCGAGUAAUAUCCACACCUCCAACACCUGUCUUUCCAAUUUCAGAUGAUGUUGGAGCAAUUCCAAUAAAGCACUUUCCAAAGCAUGUUGCAGACUUACAUGCAAGUAAUGGGUUUACUGAAGAAUUUGAGACACUGAAAGAGUUUUACCAGGAAGUGCAGAGCUGUACUGUUGAUUUAGGUAUUACAGCAGACAGCUCCAAUCACCCGGACAAUAAGCACAAGAACCGGUACAUAAAUAUCGUUGCCUAUGAUCAUAGUAGGGUUAAGCUUGCACAACUUGCUGAGAAAGAUGGCAAACUGACUGAUUACAUCAAUGCCAAUUAUGUUGAUGGCUACAAUAGACCAAAAGCUUACAUUGCUGCCCAAGGCCCACUGAAAUCCACAGCCGAAGAUUUCUGGAGAAUGAUAUGGGAGCAUAACGUAGAAGUUAUCGUCAUGAUAACAAACCUCGUGGAGAAAGGAAGGAGAAAAUGUGACCAGUACUGGCCUGCUGAUGGUAGUGAAGAGUACGGGAACUUCCUGGUCACUCAGAAGAGUGUUCAAAUGCUUGCCUAUUAUACUGUGAGGAGUUUUACUUUAAGAAACACAAAGAUGAAAAAGGGCUCCCAGAAGGGAAGACCCAGUGGGCGUGUGGUCAUACACUACCACUACACUCAAUGGCCCGACAUGGGAACGCCAGAGUACCCGCUGCCACUGCUCACCUUUGUGCAAAAGGCGUCCCACGCCAAGCGCCACGCCGUGGGGCCUGUUGUCGUCCAUUGCAGCGCCGGGGUGGGAAGAACAGGCACGUACAUUGUGCUAGACAGUAUGUUGCAGCAAAUUCAACAGGAAGGAACUGUCAACGUAUUUGGCUUCUUAAAACACAUUCGGUCACAAAGAAAUUAUUUGGUGCAAACUGAGGAACAGUAUGUUUUCAUUCACGAUGCUCUGGUUGAGGCCAUACUUAGUAAGGAGACUGAGGUGCCAGACGGCCAUAUUCAUGCCUAUGUCAACACGCUCCUCAUUCCUGGACCAACAGGCAAAACGAAGCUAGAGAAACAAUUCAAGCUCCUGAGUCAAUCAAAUAUACAACAGAGUGACUAUUCUACAGCCCUAAAACAAUGCAACAGGGAAAAGAACAGAACUUCUUCCAUCAUCCCUGUGGAAAGAUCAAGGGUUGGCAUUUCAUCUCUGAGUGGGGAAGGCCCAGACUACAUCAAUGCCUCCUAUAUCAUGGGUUACUAUCAGAGUAAUGAAUUCAUCAUUACCCAGCAUCCUCUUCUCCAUACCAUCAAGGAUUUCUGGAGGAUGAUAUGGGACCAUAAUGCCCAGCUGGUAGUUAUGCUUCCUGAUGGUCAAAACAUGGCAGAAGAUGAGUUUGUUUACUGGCCAAAUAAAGAUGAGCCUAUAAACUGUGAGAGUUUUAAGGUCACUCUUAUGGCUGAAGAACACAAAUGUCUGUCUAAUGAAGAAAAACUUAUAAUUCAAGAUUUUAUCUUAGAAGCUACACAGGAUGAUUAUGUACUUGAAGUGAGGCAUUUUCAGUGCCCCAAAUGGCCAAAUCCAGAUAGCCCCAUUAGUAAAACUUUUGAACUUAUAAGUAUUAUCAAAGAGGAAGCUGCCAACAGGGAUGGGCCUGUGAUUGUCCAUGAUGAGCAUGGAGGAGUGACGGCAGGAACUUUCUGUGCUCUGACAACCCUUAUGCACCAACUAGAAAAAGAAAAUUCCAUGGAUGUUUACCAGGUAGCCAAGAUGAUCAAUUUGAUGAGGCCAGGAGUCUUUGCUGACAUUGAGCAGUAUCAGUUUCUCUACAAAGCGGUCCUCAGUCUUGUGAGCACGAGGCAGGAAGAGAAUCCAUCCACCUCUCUGGACAGUAAUGGUGCAGCAUUGCCCGAUGGAAAUAUAGCCGAGAGCUUAGAGUCUUUAGUUUAGCACAGAGAGGGGUGAGGGGAAUCCAUACCUGAGCAUUGUUUUCCUCUUUCUGAAACUAGACAGGAAAAUCACUUCAGUUCUUCUGUUACCUUUUUGCUUACAUUCCAUCACUUGACAGUAAUUUUCAUGACAUAGGAUUCUGCUGCCAAAUUUACAUCAUUAACAACGUGUGCCUUUCUGCAAAACUUCUUGUAAUUCACUUAUUGUGUUUAAACUAAAAUGGUUGAAUUUUACGGUAUUUCUAAGAAUGGAAUUGUGGGGUUUUUUUGGUAUUGAUUUUAACAGAAAAUUUCAAUUUAUAGCUAUUAGGAAUUCCCAACUACAUAAAACAUGUUUGUUUUUAGUGUCAAAUUUUAGCUGUAUUUGUAGCAAUCAUCGGAUUUGCUAGAAAUAAAACUUUUAAUACAGUAGCUUGUAAAUAAAACACUCUGUUCCCUCUGAUAUUCAGUAUUUUACAACUGCAGUAUUCACCUAAAGUAGAAAUAAUCUGAUACUUACUGUAAAUACUGCUCUAGUGUCUCCAUGGACCAAAUUUAUAUUUAUAAUUGUAGAUUUUUUAUAUUUUACUACUGAGUCAGUUUUCUAGUUCUGUGUAAUUGUUUAGUAUAAUGAUGUAAUUCAUUAUCUGGUCUUACUCUACAAGUCUCCUGAUAUCCUUUCAUGUUAUCUCAGUAAUUAAAUCUGUUUUAGCAUGUAACUCUAACUUUUAUGGAAAAUAGAGAUACAUUUGUUUUGAAAGAAGAUGUUUUUAUGAGAAUAACACCUUACCCAACAUUGUUUAAAUGGUUUUUAUCCAAGGCAUUGCAAAAAUAAAUAUAAAUAUUGCUAUCGAUUUGCAUUUGU